AUGGCAGAAAAAAAUAAGAGAGGAGCAAAUUGGACCACUGAUGAAGAGCUAGCUCUGAUAGAUCAGGCAAAUCUGAGGGAGGAUUCCCUUUUUGGGAAGACGAAAGGUUGUGGCGAUGUGAAAAUCGCCACUAUUAGACAAAAUGCAUGGAAAGAGAAAUGUGACAUAUUAAAUGCAAGAUUUACAGUUUGUAAAAGAACAUCUGACGAGGUAAAGAAGAAGUACUACAACUUAAAACAAAGAAGUAAAGAAAAAUAUGACCUGCAAAAGAGACCAAAAACAGGAGGAGGUCCUGCUGCCAAAACCACCCAGACAGAGGAACUCCUCAUCAGUCAUAUGCUGGAAGAUAACCGUACGCAGCUGACUGGUUUGCCAGAGGGUGUAGACACUGAUACAAUUGAAUCCCAACCUGAAUCUUCUGGAUCCUGGAUGACAAGACAGAAAGAGGCUCUUGAUCUCUACAAAGAACUAUCAGGCACCAACAAAUUUUGA